ACUCAUUUCCCUUUCACGUUCUCUAAUUACUCCACACACUCCAUCCCCCACUACUCAUUUCCCUCUCACGUUCUCUCUCUCCUCUCUUUUAUAGCACUAUCUCUCUCUCUCUCAAAAUCAUCGGAAUCUCUCCCCAUUUCCACUCCUCUCUCUCUCUCUCUCCAAUGUCGCCCCUCCCCCUCUCCGCCGCCCUCCUCCUCCUCCUCCAAACCCUCUCCCUCCUCCUCCCCCCCUCCCACUCCCUCACCUGCUCCUCCCAAACCUUCACCAACAACGAAGUCUACGCCAACUGCCUCGACCUCCCCUCCCUCACCUCCUACCUCCAUUUCACCUACACCCCCUCCACCUCCUCCCUCUCCAUCGCCUUCCAGGCCCCCCCGUCCCAGACUGACGGCUGGAUCUCCUGGGCCAUCAACCCCACCUCCGCCGGCAUGGCCGGUUCGCAAGCCCUCGUCGCCUUCAAGGCCUCCAACGGCUCCAUGACGGUCCAGACCUACAACAUCUCCUCCUACGCCUUGGCCGCGCCGGGGAAGCUAUCCUUCGAGGUGAAGAAUACCUCCGCGGAGUACUCGGGUGGGGUGAUGAGGAUUUUCGCCACGCUGGUGUUGAACGAGGGGAUGGGGACCACGGUGAAUCAGGUGUGGCAGGUUGGGCCGUCGGUCACGGACGGGGUUCCGGACAAGCACGCUUUUCAGGCGGCUAAUUUGAACGCCAAGGGGACGCUGGAUUUGCUCAAGGGGGAGGCCACUAGUAGUGGGUCGAGCGGAGGGGCGAGGACCAGGAGGAAAAACAUUCAUGGGAUUUUGAAUGUUGUAAGUUGGGGAAUCAUGUUUCCAGUUGGAGCCAUCAUCGCUAGGUACUUGAGAACUUUCCAGUCCGCAGAUCCAGCAUGGUUUUAUCUUCAUGCGUUCUGCCAGACUUCUGCCUAUGCCAUCGGAGUUGCUGGUUGGGGAACCGGACUAAAGCUUGGAAGUGAAUCCAAGGGUGUCCAAUAUACUAAUCACCGCAACAUUGGGAUUGCUCUCUUCUGUCUUGCAACUGUGCAGGUUUUCGCAUUGUUCUUACGACCAAAGAAGGAUCACAAGUAUCGAUUUUACUGGAAUAUCUACCACCACAGCAUCGGAUACGCCAUCCUCGUCCUCGGCAUCCUCAACGUAUUCAAGGGGCUAGACAUCUUGCUACCCGCCAAGAAAUGGAGAUCAGCUUACAUAAUUGUAAUAUCUGUUUUGGGUGGCAUUGCUCUGCUGUUGGAAGCCAUUACUUGGGUUGUAGUCCUGAGGAGGAAGUCUAACAAGUCCACCAAACCCUAUGAUGGACACAACAAUGGCAGGCAACAACCUCUUUCCUCAUAAUCCCCACUGACCCGAAGAGUCUCCCUAUGAGAGUCUGGUUCUGUAUCUUCCUUUUCUCCUCUGUUGUUUUAGGUCGCAUGAGUUUUGCGUAUUAUAGAGAGGGAGUACCCUUUCCUGUUCACCAUUUGUAUAAUGUCUUGCUCACACUUUGAUAUCCGUUGGUACAUAUAGGGAUGGAUCAUUUCCUUGGUAUUCUUACUUGUAUCCUGUAAACUUUUGAGCUCCGUACUUUUCUUGUUUCGUUGAAAUGCAUUUUGGUUAUUUA